AUGGCCGAACAAAAAAGUAGCUAUAACAAUGCCGGUAGAGCUAUGCGGUCGAGGACUCCGACGGUCCGGAGUGAGAAAAAUGUUUUUAUUUUAUUUUAUAAGUGAAUUGGAUGAUCUUGUUUCAGAAAAAGUCCGAAGAAUCUGGAGGCUCGGUGAGUUUGGCAAAUUAUUUUUUUUAUAGAUUUCCUUUCUGGGACAAUCUUUAGUGGCCACUGUAGGGUUUUGACGUUUUAUUGGCCACUAUAGUAGUCAAAUUAGUGGCCACUUAGGGAUUAUAAAUUAGUGGCCACUAUAGAGGUCUAAGCGCUACUUUCAGAACACCAAACAUUUUAGUGGCCACUAUAGUGUUUUGACGUUUUAGUGGCCACUAUAGUAGUCAAAUUAGUGGCCACUUAAGGGGUUAAAAGUUAGUGGCCACGUAGAGGUCUAAGUGAUACUUUUAGAUCCCUACAAAUUUUGGUGGCCACUAUAGUGUUUUGACGUUUUAGUGGCCACUAUAGUAGUCAAAUUAGUGGCCACUUAAGGGGUUAAAAAUUAGUGGCCACUAUAAAGGUCUAAGCGCUCUUACCAAACCACAAAACAUUUUAGUGGCCACUUUAGGGGUCAAUGGAUCAACAUAACUAGUCCAAUCUGUUUGUUUUAAAAUUAUCAGAGUUACUGGAAGGAAUACUGGAUGAAAAACUGCUGAAGUGGUCACUAAAACGGAAAAUAGUGGCCACUAUAGAGAUGGGUUCAAUGACCACUUUAGUGUCCUCUCCAAGUAGUCCUUGGCAAGCCCCUAUAGUGGCCACUAAAAAUUUUCCCAGUUUACUGCCUUUAUCCACUCAUUUUCGGACCCUUUUGAGGAUCACGAAUUUCUGAAAUUGAGGAUAAUCUUCACCAGUGACUGUGUAUGAACCAAAAUGUGCUACAGUAAUAAGAAAAAUUAUCAUGGCCGAGACUUUGAGCACCCUUUGUUGAGGCUAUUUAAGAAAGAAAGGCUCAAUAAAAGCCGCAAAACGGAACCCUCUUAGCGGCCAUUUUGCACUUUGGCACUGGUGGAUUAUAAGCUGAUCUUGCUUACGAGGAGAAAUUCCAGAACGCGUUAGCAAGAAAAAGCAGUUUGACGGCGACCGGGAGACAAGAUUUGACGUCGAAAAUGGAGUUACCGACUUGUAAGGAAAAAAGUCGAUAUAAUAUCGAAGAUCCGCGCCACAAGUGGGCCACGAAGGUUCUCGAGAAAACGGUUUGGCAUUUUUGAAACAUGCUUCUAUAUUUUCGAUUUCCAUGGUUCCAAAACUGAUGGAAAGUAUGUAGUUUGCUCACAAAAGUCUCUGUUUAAAUAGAUCCCUAUAGGGACCACUUAGGGGGACCGAAUAAAGUCCUAAAUAAGACUCCGUUUCACGCUGAAUCUGAACUUUUCGUAAUUUUUGAGUGGUCCCUAUAGAGGACGGAAAAAUGCUCCGUGUACAGGUAAUAUCUAGGGGGUCCCUAUAGGGUUUUAAUGUCUGACCUCCUUAGCCCCUGAAGCUCAAGUGAUCCCUAUAGGGGUUACAGGGAACAACAGCCCUUAGAGGGGCCGAAAAGUGGUCCCUAUAGAUAGGGACCGCAAAGCCACGCCCCUUUUCGCGAUAGAAAAAGUGGCUUUUUUUUGGUUUUCAACUUUCAUUUUGUUGUAGUUGUAAAAUAUGUGGAACUGGCGAAUAAAAUUUGACACACAUGUACAGAAAAAGCUUCCUCUUUCGUUUGAAAAAAAUAUUUCACGCUUUCUUGAUGCGUUCUCGCGGAAUGUCGUACAAAAAAACGUGAAUGGAACUAAAAAAAUUUUUGUAAUUUUUUUGCUUUUUUUCAUGUGUUUUUCAGGUCGAACGCACUCUUUCUUUUUUUAUAUAAUGAUUUUUGAUUCAAGUAACGGUAAUUUUGAAACAAUAAAAAUAAAAAAAUUCGUCUUUGCCAAAAAAUUUUUAGGGAGUGCCGAAAGUCAUAAUUCAAAAAUAUCGUUAACAAGCGAAUAUAAUCGAGUUUUUUUGUUUUUUUCAAAAUUUAGACCAUGGGCUUACUUAAAUUUUUUUCUCCACAGCAUAUGUACUUGAAAAAAAGUUUUGUGAUACGCAAAAAAAUGCUCUUGAAACUAGAGAAUAAAAUUAGCGGCGUUUAUCACACCGAAAGCGGUCGAACGCAGGUUUUUUUCAAACGAUUAUAUACAUUUAUUAGUAAAAAAAUCUUUCAAUUAAAAAGAAUAAAAUAAAAAAAUUCGUCUUUUGCCAAAAAAAUUUACGGGGCCGUUUUUAAGGCAGCGAUCGUUAAAAGAGGCAAAAAAAGCACUGAAAAAAACAGUUUUUUUCGAAGUGAAUUUCCACGAAACGUUUGAGUAAAGAUUUUGCGAACAUAUUCUGAUAAAAAAAUAGCUAAAUUACUUCAAGUUUUUUUCUUUUUGAAAUAGACAAUCUGUGCUAUUUAAACGGCUCAAAGGGUAAGGCGGAUGGAAGCUCCCCUGCGCUAGACCUGACAGCUUGGCGCAGUGCGUGCGCUGCGAUUUUUUUCAUUUUUAGGUCGCGAGUUCGAUACCCGCAAGCAUCAGUUUUUUUGUUUUCUGGAAAAAUACCGACUUUUUUUCGGCAAAAAUAGCUGAUUAGCAUCAUUUUAGCACUCUAUUAUGAUUUGUUACAUCAUAAUAGACCAGUAUCAAAAACUUUUUCUAGAAGAAAAAAAUCGAGAAAAAAAUGUCAAAAAAAUGAAUAAUACUAAAAAUUUCAGUACUAAAAAAAUGGUGCGCGGCGCGCCACAUUUUUUUCGUCAUAACUUUUUCAUCCUCAAUCUUUUUUUCGAAAAAAACUAAACGGUUCUGAGUUUUGAAUCGAAACAGCUAUCAAACCAUACAAAGCUCGAUGCUGAAAAAAAUUUUUUGAAAAUUCGUCUGCGGUCCCUACCUAUAGAGGUAAAAUCAAGAUGGUCCCUAUUGAGUUUCAAUGUCUGACCCCUUAGUCCCUGAAGUUCAAGUGGUUCCUUUAGGGAUCUUCCAACUUCAUUCAAAAACGCUUAUUCAUUUGUUUUUCGCAUAAAAUACACUUUUGCGAGCCUUAGUGGUCCCUAUAGGGGUGGGUAAAGGGGUUAUCGGGAACACUCAUAACUUUUGCUUAAAGAUAACCUAUCAAAAAAUUUAUUGGCUCAAAAAGUUGUCAAAAAAUCAGCACUUGAUCGUCUUAAGCAUGCGAGAAAUUUGUGAGGAUCUUGAAAAUUUUUUUAAUUCGAUUUUAUCUAAUAGCGAGGUCAUCAUUAGCUGCAACCAAAAUAUAAGUUCCAGCGAUUUUUUUUUUCAAUUUUGAGCAGUUCUAAUCUAUAGCAAAAGAACCUGAAAAAUUGUAGUAGGCUUAAAAAAAAAUUCAAAACCCUAUUUUUUCAAUUAACAACGUUCCAAUCAGAAUGCAUGACGAAAAUGAAUUUUUCAGGCGAUGAGAGUGGUUUUGAAAGAGUUUCGCGACAUGAAAGACUGGAAGCCGGAUCCGUUCUUGAUCAACCUGAGCAAGAAGAACUCGGAAAAGAAUAGGUUAACUGAAAAUUUAUUGAAAAACUCUCAAAGCCCAGCUUCAAAAUGACACCAAAUAAGGUCAAAAAAUGACGCUGAAUCAUGAAUUUAAGCUUUUUUAAUAUUAGAGGAAAUCAAGCAGCUCUCUGAUUUCAUUUUUUGAACCUAACUUUUCCUAAUUAAAAAAAGCCCAAUUAAGAUACGAUGACAUCCACUGCUUGGACCACACCCGAGUCGUUUUGAAAGAGCGACCAAGCGGAAAAGAUUACAUUCACGCUUCCUGGAUGGUCAUGCCCGACGGGUUCCGGUACAUAUCCACCCAGGGACCACUUAAGGAGACACUCGACGACUUUUGGCACAUGAUCUACACGGAGAAGUGCAGCGUCAUCGUUAUGCUCUGCCAAUGGGACGAGGGUUCGGAUUUACGUUUUUUGUUGGAGAGAAAUGGCCGCGUACAGUCCAUUUUCUCUCCGCUCUCCUUAUCUCUAGAGGACUCUCUCAUGUUUACGUGCUGUUUCCAUGUCGGGGCAUCUCUGCGCCCUCCUUAUCUCUCGACGUCUCUCUCUCUUGUUUACGUACUAUUUCCAUCUCGGGGCAUCUCUCGACGCCUCUCUCAUGUUUAGGUGCUAUUUCCAUGGCGGGGCAUCUCUGCGCCUUCCUCGUCUCUCGAGGACCCUCUCACGUUUACGUACUGUUUCCAUGGCGGGACUUCUCUCCGCUCUCCUUAUCUUUAGAGGACUCUCUCACGUUUACGUGCUUUUUCCAUUUUUCUCUGAUCUCGAGGGAACAGAGAGACGCAGACACGCGGAAAUUGUCGGACUAUAGGAAAAUUACCGUAAUAAAUGGCUUUUUGAACUUAAAAAGUGAUUUUCAAUGAAAUUCUGCAUGAUUCAAGUACUAUUGCGGCUAUUUUUUCUCCGUCCCUUUAUAAAAGUCUUGAAUAGGUACAGUUAAAAAGAGAUUCAGGAGCCCACGAAAAGUGUCGGAGGUACUAUCAAAGAGAUCGGGUCGAAAAUUACGGCGAUUACAAAGUUCGGGUGAAGAAAGACCAAGAGGAACCUUUCAAAACGAUACGUUUAACCCUACUGGAAUGCCAGAGAAAGUCAGUCUAAAGUUAUUUUCGUGUAAAUUUACAGAAAUAUGCUUUAAGGCGUGUUUCUUGAGCUGCCUGUGCUCUAAAAAUAUUUGGGAGCCGAUUAAAAGGGCAAAAGCCUUGUCUACUUAAUAAUUUUAGUGAAAAAGGCUCUUCGUCUCGAAACCCUUGGUCAAUUUAUACAUAUGCUCCUUUAAUAACGAGAGAUGCGGCAGAGCGAUCCGAAUACAGUGAAACUUUGUACAGAGGUCCUUUGAGUCAGAAAUAAUCGGAAAAAUGCGAACUUUGAGUUCUAGUCAAAUUAGGGUGUCUUAAAAUUCUCCAAGCGGUGGGGAAAAAUAUGAUUUUGGAGUCUUUGAAACUACAUAACUCUACUGAAAAACGAAAAAUGCAGUUUUCGAUUAUUUUUAAAAUAUUCUCUAGAAAGUUUCAUUGAAUUUCGAUACACUUUCCGUGUAAAAUGAAUUAAAUUUGACUUUUUUUUUCACAAAAAUUGAAAAAUUUCAGCUUUUUUUGUCCGGGUCAAAAAAAUUGUCCGUAAUCCAAGUACUACUGUUUGAAGUUUUCUUUAAAAAAAGACAAUUCAUAUUGAAAUUCCUAAUAUCUUUUUUACUUCCCGUGUCACGGCGUUUUUUUCCGCGACGCCCCGCCCAUAUUUUUUUCCGUAAAAUUUAGUGUCUCGUGUGCAUGCACCGCGGCGCUCACGCGCAUGCCGUGUUCAAAGCAAUUUUGACGAAAUUCAAAAUAAUAUCUGAAUUUCUGAAAUUCAGUUACAUUUUUGACUUUUUGGUGGCUAUUUUGAAUUUUGCGGAAUUACUUAGAAAAAAAUGCGUUUUUUUAAAAAGAAAUAGAUUCGUCUCAUGACCGAUUGAUGCGCCUUUAAUAUUCCCUGUUGUUCACGCUUGUUUCCCAUGACGUCACAUGGAAACGGCGAAAAUUUUGACCAUCCCUUUUUAAUUUUUGGAUUUGCAUUUUCUUCCACUUACAAAAACGCCGUGGUGUAAUAUGAAAAAAAAAAAUCAAUUUCAGAGGCUCGAAAGAGUGGCGAACGGUCUAUCAUUUUUGGUGUUAUGAAUGGGAAGAUCACGCGGGUCCACUGGACGCUGGCCCAGUCGUGAGCAUGCACAAGAUGUCUUUGGAAAAGGUGAGACUAGAACGAAAAAAAAAGACUUGUCUACAGAUUGGAAAAAAAAAUUGUUUUUUGGAUUUUAAUUGGCUGUAAAAAGCUUCAUUUUCGUAACCAGCGAAUAGUUUUUUUCGAAUUUACUGAUUCAAGCAGGAAAUACGAGAAACUGCAAGUUUUUGGCAAAAUGGGGCCUUGGGUUAGAUGCCACUGUGAUCCAGGAAAUCACACUUUUUGAGAAGAAUUUUGAAAUUUUCUUGGAGCACAGGUGCUAGGGAACUUUAGCCGUUUCGAAAGAUUCCUAAUUUUUUUCAAUAUCACAAAAUAAAGUUUCAAAUUUUCAGGCCGAAGGAAAUCCAAUCGUGGUACAUUGUUCUGCUGGCAUUGGCAGAACAGCGACGUUUGUCGGUAAUAAUUUAAUUUUCAACUUUUGAUUUAACAAACGUUCUCUGGGAGAGCCAAUUGGUACAGGAACUUUAAAAGCUCAAAAUUACUGUCACAGUUACUUGACAUAGUGUGUAAGUUUUUCGGCUAGUUACUGUAAGGCUCCGCCCCCUCACUGGGUUACGGUAGGACUUUUAGAAAAAUUUUCUAACUUUUUUCCUAGUUGACGGGUUCAAAUUUCAUUUUUUUGUAAGGAAACUAUGAAAAAAAGUUUUUUUUGCUUGGAAAAUAAUUUAUGUUUGGGCUUUUUGGACGGUUAGGAGUCAAAUUUAUUUUUUUUUUGUAUUCAAAAUGAUUCCUCUAAGGGAUCAACUACGCCUCACAACGAAUCCAAGAAGAUCCCGACUUGAAAAUGGUCGAUAUUCUGAGGGGCUUGCGAAAAAUGAGGUGAGAAAUGCUCAAAUUGUCUGAUUCUUGAUGAAAAUAUCACCAAAAACGCGUAAAUGAUGCAUUUUCUAACUUACGUAAAAAGAAUUUUUCGACGACGCCACGCCCACUUUUUCUCCGUAAAGUGUCGUGUGUCGUGUGCAUGCACUGCGCCGCUUUCGCGCAGAAAAUUGCGUUCAUUAAGAGAAAUUUCGAUUCUUCUUAAAAACCUCUGCCAAUACGGCGGCCUGAGCCUUUAAUAUACCUUGUUAUUUACGCUUUUAGAGCCGAAACUAACCAAUUUUUUUCCAGACAUCGCGCGAUCCAAAGCCAACUCCAAUACGCCUUCCUUUACGUCUGCGUUUUCGAGCUCUUUUGUCAGGUUCUCACGAAAAAAUCCAUUCCCUUCAAAAAAAAAUAUUUAGGAAGGUGUCCUCAGUCGAGACGGUAAGGUGAAGGAAUUCCGGAAUAAAUACGCGGGAAUUUCAAAAAAUAUCCUCGCCAAAAUGAAGGAGGCUCAGGAGAAGGAGAGGGAAAAGGAGAAAACCAGGGCCUAG